UUGAUGCUAUUUGUGUAACUAACGUUAUACUUUGAUGUCGACUAACUUCUGCAAUGUGAAGCAAACAAUUUGACCACGUCAGACUACUUGGGCAUGUGUUGGCAUAGUCUAAUGUUAGCUAUCUCUGGUUAGCAGCAGAGAUAUUAGCUGUGGCUAACUGUCCUACAACCGGUUGAUUCAGAAAUCGCGUACACUGCUCGUAUACGAUCAAGGCAAAACACCAUGAGCGACAGCGACGACGAUGUCCCACAACUGUCUGCGGCCACACUGGCUGCUCUGCAGGAGUUCUACGAUGACCAGAAGAUGGAUCAGGCACCAGCCACAGACAUCUACGCGGUCGGGGCCGUGGAGGAGGACUGGGGAAUGAGCCAGUUUUGGUAUAACGAAGAGACCGCUUCACGGCUUGCAGAGGAGGCCAUACUGCAGGCUGGCAAAGGAGGCAGGAUAGCAUGCCUCAGCUGCCCAAGUGUAUACCAGCGGCUCAAAAAGAAUGACCUGGUAGGCAUCAACGAUGUGACGGCUGUUGUGCUGGAAUACGACCGCCGCUUCGCGGUGUACGGCGAUGAGUUCGUCUUCUACGACUACAACAACCCUCUCAGUCUACCAGAGAGCAUCGGUCCGCAAAGCUUUGACUUCGUCCUCGCCGAUCCACCUUACCUGUCGGAGGAGUGCCUCAGUAAGGUGGCCAUCACGGUCAAGUUCUUGACCAAGGGAAAGACUCUGCUCUGCACAGGAGCCAUCAUGGAGGAGCAUGCAAGUAAACUCAUGGGCCUGAAGAUGUGUAACUUCCUGCCCAAGCACAGCCAUAACCUGGCCAAUGAGUUCCGCUGCUACACCAACUACGAGUCGACGAACCUCUCGUAACACCAGCCAACCACAUCACCAGACUUUUCAGCUGCUCUGACAGAACUGUCAGUGACUGGGACUUGACAAGUCGUGCCUAUCAGAUUUGAGGUUGGGUGGCACACCAAUUAACUGGUCAGGUUUACCUUCAGAAGUUCGGAACUAAUGUAAAUAUUUGUUUUAAUAAAAAUGUCAAUGACUCUGUAGAAUAAAGAUAUUGAGUGUUGAA